AUGGAUGUGGACAAUGGAGAUGGAGGAGGCGUGAGCGGCUCCAUGGACAUAGAACAGUCUCUGUUGCAACAGUUCAGUUGUUUAGGAACAACUGACAAGGAUGAACUUGUACAACAGCUUCAGAAGCUUUUGGGCAGUCCAACGCAUCUCAAUUACUCAACGGCUGCAUUUUUCUUGGACAUGAACAACUGGAACUUGCAGGCGGCGAUUUGCUCCUAUCUCGACGUGGAGGCCCCCAACACACUGCCAUUGAUGGCCUUAGUGUCCGAUCCAGAUGCCUCCGAGACGGAAAACAUUGAGCCAAACACCCAGUUCCAAAAGGCCUGGCAUAUCAGCAAUUCGGGGACGGAGAGCUGGCCAGUCGGCUGCUACAUCCAGUGUUCCGAUGGUGAUACUUUUGGGGCCGAACGAGUAUACCUGCCAGCCCUACAGCCUGGCCAGAGCACUUAUGUGAUUGUUGCGAUGCAGAGUCCCCCCAUGCCUGGAAUCUACCAGAAUCCGAUGUGGGUGAUUCUCACUGUGGUAGAACAGGGCACCAUUGAGCUAACUGAGCAGCUGUCCCACUUUAGCGAACUGGGCGCCAUCCCCCCACUGGUACCCCAAGUGCCGAAUCCCUUCAUUCCCCACUACAUACAUAGAGAAAACAAGGAUUCCGCCCCACCCGAUGGACAAUUCUAG